AUUUCAGGGCAACGUGGACGGACAAGCGACCUCCGCCGAUUCCCAGCCUCAGACCACCGCUCCAAGUGUUUGGUUUUCCACCGUUUGGGGCACACGCGCCGUCAGGAGGGCGUAUAGGGGAAGAUACGCCUAUUACCCCACCCGGAGUCAAGAUCCCGGUUCUCACCCAAGGGGAGGCAAGUCACGUGAAGGACACGUACGCAUCGAUCGAAACAUCUUUGAGAUUGGGGAGGCAGCCUGGGCGACUUGAUCAGGAGACAAGGCCACCACCUCAAGUCGAGGAGCAAACACUGACCAUCACGAGAAGCGAGAUGCAAGGGAUGAUUGCCGAAGCUGUAGCGGCCCAAAUCAAACAGACACAAGUCGAGAUACCUAGGGUCGAACAACCCAGGAUUGAGCAAGCUAGGGUCGAGCAGCCUCAAAAUGAACAAAAACCCCCUGAACGCGAACAGCAAGCGCAGUCGCACGAAAGGCAGAACAGGAGGGCAGAUGAGGAGGAGUCCUCUGUCAGGACCGUUAAUCCACAAGCAAGAAACGACACCCUGGAGCAGUUGCUAGCUCAGGUGCGAGACUUGCAGGCUCGAGUGGAAGGGAGGAAAACAGGAAGUUCGAGGAGACACCCUUUUUCACAGCAUAUUCUAGACGCCGACUUGCCUCAAGGGUUCAGGGAGCUCAACAUCUGGUAUGAUGGGUCGACUGAUCCCUCUCGACAUCUAAGGAGUUUUGGAAACAUGGCAGUACUGCACCGCUACAAUGAUCCCGUUCAAUGUCGAGCGUUCCUGACGACUCUACGAGACCCAGCGCAGGACUGGUUUCAUCAAUUGCCCACAAGAGCCGUCAGAGACUCUGACGGAUUUAGCUCAAGUUUUUUAAACCAAUUCGCGAGU